CCGCCGCUGCCGCCGCUCCGCUUGGUCCAGCCGCCAGGCCCAGUGCUCACUUCGCCAGACCAGGGCGCUCUGCGGAGACACCCUCACUCCUUCCUGGGGUCCGGGACGCCUAGCCGGGCGUGGGGGGAAGCUCCGCUUGCGGGGUACAGGGAGGGAGGAGCCUGGAACCAGAGCCAGCGCCAGCCGUCCCCGGAUCGACAAGACAGGACAGGUUGAGGGGCGUCGGGGAAGGAAGAGGGGGUGCUAUAGGCAGUCCCGGGGAGGACAAGGAAGCCCUGUCGCAGAAAGCUCUGAUGCGCUCUGACUUAUAGCGGGUCUGUUCACAUUUGGGGACCCGUGACAACGUGGGUGCACUCCUCUCUCGGGGGGCUGGUUGGAUUGGAGGGUGUGGGAUCUAAGCAGCACCAGCUGUCCCCGAGGAAAUUAGGGGCUGCCAGAAAAAAACAAAAAAGCCAAAAACCUAUGCUCCUUAUUCCGAGGUGACAGAGGGCCCUCCAGACAACCACCUGGUGUAACCACUAGGAAGGGCGGAUUUGGAGGUGACUUCAAAAGGAGUGGAGGGUAACAAGCUACCUCGCCAGUCCGCCCCUCUGUGCGCCCUCCUCCCGUGACCUGCACUUCAAGAAGGGAGCUGGGCACUCCCCCAUGACCGCCUACGCGACUCCGAAAUCGGGUCCCACGGGCUCAGGGGACCCUCUGCCGCGAGCAACUCAGACACACUACACGGCUGGAUACCCGCACGGAGACUGGGGGUCGUACCAUUUACGAGGGGAGCCUCAGCUCAAAGGCAUCGUCACCAAACUGUUCUGCUGCCAGGGUUUCUACCUCCAGGCGAAUCCCGACGGGAGUAUCCAGGGCACCCCAGAGGACACCAGCUCUUUCACCCACUUCAACCUGAUCCCUGUGGGGCUCCGUGUAGUCACCAUCCAGAGUGCCAAGCUGGGUCACUACAUGGCCAUGAACGCUGAGGGGCUGCUCUACAGCUCGGCCCCCAGAAGUCUAGUUCCUGGCCCUCGGGGGCCACCAGACUCUUCCUCAUCCUCCCUUUCUCCCAGUUCCUGCGUGGGCUCAGAAGUUGGCUCUCCCAGUCUCAAACGUAUGGAUUAUAUCCUGCCUUGUUCUUCCCAGGGCUCCCUUCUGUUCAGUGAUGUGUCUUUUUGUCUUUCUGUCUGUGUGUGCCUUUCUGGGUCUUUGUCUCCUCAGCCACGUUUCAGACCCCCAGGGAAGAGGUGGACCACAUGGGACGGUAUUGACCUUGACAUGGACAUUUAGUGACACACAGCUAAGGGGCUAUAAGUGUUUUAAGAGGACACAUGCUAUGACAGGUCAAGCCAGGAAGGCUCUGGCCUUUGGAGGUUUGGGAAGCUCUCCUUCUGUGGGUUCCCAGAGGAGGAUUGUAGGGGAAGGGAGCCCUUUCAGAGCUCUCUUGGUGCCUAACUCUCCUUCCUGCUC